CAAUUUGACAGUUAUUAUGGCGGUUCUUACCACUUGUGUUAUGCUGUCUAGUCAACCAAUAAAUCAGCAAAAAAAUAAUAUAAUGCAAUAAAUGCACCAUAAUGUUCCUAAGAACUGUGUUAUAUUAUCUUAAAAAUGGCUAAUGUCCCAUUUGAGAUGUUGCUACAUCCUGAACUAUUAACGAAUGAGCAACUCGUUACAAUAAUACAACAGAGACAUUUGCGAGUAUCUAAUAUAGAUACCAUGACUAGGGAUGACUUAUUAGAAUUAUUUCAUCAUUAUUGUGUUCCUUACGGACAAAGGAAACCCCGCGAUUCCGGAAGAGGGAAGGCCUUAAGUAGGUGCCGGCAUACAAGUCCCGAGCCGCCAGUUAAAAUGGGCCUGGCUAGCGAUAAUCAAAAUAAGAACUUUUCACAUAUGCUUAAUAAGAGAUUAAAGCCGCCGCCUGAUUUAUUAUCAGGGCACAUGAAACGGAUUAAACUCGAUACUAAAAAAAUAAACAACGACUUUGAUACAUUGAAAAGGAAAAUGUCAGUUGAUUCUAGUCCGGUUUGUGAAGCCCCACCACAUAAAAAAGAGAAAAAACUUAUAACUUGGCCUUAAUGCAACAGCAUAUUUUUGUGCUUGUAAAUAAAAGGAAUGGUUAAAAUUUAUAAAAAAUUGACAUGACAUGAGCAGAGCAGAGUCUCAGGAAAAAAGCACAAUAAACCUAAUUUUUUGCUUUGGCUCUCCCUUUUCUGAUUGUGGUGUCAAGAACUGAAUUGUACCUUGACAUUCCACUGGUGGGUAUAUAAUACUAAAUUAUAAACUAAUAAGGAGGUUCUUUCCAUACUGUUAUGUUUUUUAUGCCCAAGGUGGUUUUACAAAUUUUCUGACAUGACUUACCGAGAUAGCAGCAGCUCUCCCAUUGGACUAGAUAUCCUUGUUUGACUAUAAAGAAGCUCAAUAGCCCUCCCCCUGUCAAUGUCAAAAAAGUGUCACAAUAAAACUUGUUGUCCAAGACAUGACGGACCCCAAAGCGCUGAGGGACAGUCAUUAUCAAGAAAUUGAACUGAACUGAUAGGACAGACAGUGUAUUAUUUUCUGUGACCAAUUGAAGGCAAUAACAAUGCCUCUCACUGGAGUAGAUAAGUUUGUUGCACUAACCAAGUGUAAUGUCAAGUGAUGUGCAUCAUUUGUAAGCAUUAGUUUUUCAAAGAAAGGAAUCAAGAGUAUAUAUGACAAUGUUCUUUUACCAUGUUUUACGCUACAUUUUCUUUGUAUGUACAUAAACCAACUGGACGAGUCAAUGACAUUGAACAUUUAAUAAAACAAUCUGUUGUACAUAUACAACACUUAUUUUUAACCAUUCAAUAUGGCAAC